AUGGCGUCAAUCGGAUUCAACAUAGCCUCGACCUCAAGAGGCGCCAUGAGUCUGGCGAAUGCUAGCUGUAGGCCGCUGCUAUCCUCGACAUCUGGAAUGCAUCUCCGUCCUCAGGUCCGGGGAGUGGCACCCAUGCGUAGCUUUAUCCGAGACAGCGCAUCCUCUUGGUCCAACUCCUCAUCCUCUUGGAUCUCUUCUCCACCACCCCAUCCCAACUCCCCCCCACAACACGGCGCAGCGCAACAGCAACAGCCACCGUCGCCUCCACACCCACUACCAGCUCGAGUAUUUCCCUCGCCUUCAUCCUCGUCGUCCUUCUCUUCUUCUGGCACCCAACUGCCGUACUUGAAACGCUUUUCCACCACCUCCUUCCUCUACGCUUCUCAUCACUUCGACACCCAAGCAUUCGCACAACGACUCGAAGCAUCCGGCAUCUCUCGUGAACAAGCUGAUGUUCUCACUGAAGCCCUCCGAGACGUCAUCGACGAAAGCAUCUCCAACCUCGCCAAAGGUCUUGUCACACGCGAAGAGGGCGACCAGACCAACUACACCCAAAAAGUCGACUUCACCAGACUCAAAUCCGAGCUUCAGCUGCUCGAAAGAAACGACUUUGCUUUGAUGAAGAGCGAAAACGAACGCUUGAUGGCGGAUGUAGAGAAACUCAAGCAGAGGUUGAGGGAGGAGAUUACCAGAACCACUGCGGGUGUGAGGCUUGAUUUGAAUCUCGAGAAAGGUCGUAUUCGAGACGAAUCCGCGGUCCACGCACUCAAGAUCAAGGAGGUUGACACACGUAUCGAAUCCGAAAUCGCUGGUUUGAGAACAAGUAUUCAAAGCGCCAAGUUCAACGUCUUGCAGUACUUGGUCGGUGUCGCAACUGGUGCGGGUGCAUUGCUUUUGGCCUAUCUCAGAAUGUUCCGUUAG